AUGGUCAUCGUUCUCCUGACACCCUUCGGCACCAUCCGGUACCGGCCGCACUAUGCUGUGGUGGGUCCUGGGCCCAGCCCCUUCAUGAGCAAUGUGGCAGCCGUCUGGGUCACCUGGAACAUCUUCCUCAUCUGCUUCAUCACCCGAGAGACAGGAGGAGGUGUUCGGGACAGCGAGCUACUGACCUUCAGCCUCUCCCAGCAUCGCUCCUGGUGGCGUGAGCACUGGCUGGGCUAUCUGCACGAGAAGCAGCUGGCUCUGACCUUGGGGGCCCCCCAUGGCCAGGCCCUGGUGUCGGGGGCCGACUGCCUGGAGCCCAGCUAUGUGGAAGUCCUGCACAGUGGCCUGCAGACCCUGAUCACGGCGAGCGAUGGUGCCUAUGGCUGCUGCCUGGUCAGUAUGUUCUCUGAGGAAGAGAACAGCUUCGGUUUCAUUGGUGGAUUUGAUCCAUUUCCUCUCUACCAUGUCAAUGAAAAGCCAUCCAGCCUCUUGUCCAACCAGGCAUACUUGUAAGUAUGGCCAGCAGAAUUUGCUCUGUGGCCGGCCUGGCCAAUCUGGCGCUCACAGCGAGAGGCUGCCUUCCUUGGGGGCCUCACCAGGCACCUGACUGUCUGUGCUGCCAUCCAUCCAUCCAUCCCUCCCUCCAUCCAUCCCUCCAUCACCCCUCCAUCCAUUCAUCCCUCCAUCCAUGUAUCCAUCCAUCCCUCCAUCCCUCCAUCCGUCCAUCCAUCAUCCAUCCGUCCUUCCAUCCACCCAUCCAUCCAUCCAUCCCUCCAUCCAUCCAUCCAUC